CCAGUGUCCCUUCCUUCCAUCCUGGCGCCCCCUGGCCCUGGCUCCGCGGCCUCUCUGUCCCGGGCACCCCAGACUUGCGGGCUCAAUCUGCGCAGCGUCUCCAUGUUGACCAAACCUCUGCAGGGGCUUCCCGCGCCCCCAGUGACUCAAAUGCCGCCACCAGGAGGCAAGAAUCGGGAAGCAUUUGAGGCUGAAUACCGACUCGGUUCCCUCCUGGGCAAAGGGGGCUUCGGCACUGUCUUCGCGGGACACCGGAUCACAGACCGACUCCAGGUGGCCAUUAAAGUGAUACCCCGAAAUCGUGUGCUGGACUGGUUCCCUUUGACAAACUCGGCCACUUGCCCGCUUGAGGUGGCACUGCUGUGGAAGGUGGGUGCAGGUGGUGGGCACCCUGGAGUGAUCCGCUUGCUUGACUGGUUUGAGACACCAGAGGGCGUCAUGCUGGUUUUUGAGAGGCCUUCACCUGCCCAGGAUCUCUUUGACUACAUCACGGAGCAGGGCCCUCUGGGUGAGGACCGAAGCCGCUGCCUCUUUGCACAGGUAGUAUCAGCUGUUCAGCACUGCCAUGCCUGUGGAGUUGUUCAUCGUGAUAUCAAAGAUGAAAACAUCCUGAUGGACCUCCGCCGGGACUGUGCCAAACUCAUUGAUUUUGGGUCUGGCGCCUUGCUUCAUGAUGAACCCUACACUGACUUUGAUGGGACAAGGGUGUACAGCCCCCCAGAGUGGAUCUCUCUACACCAGUACCAUGCGCUCCCGGCUACCGUCUGGUCACUUGGUAUCCUCCUCUAUGACAUGGUGUGUGGGGACAUUCCCUUCGAGAGGGACCAGGAGAUUCUGGAGGCUGAGCUCCACUUCCCUGACCAUGUCUCUUCAGACUGCUGUGCCCUAAUUCGCCGGUGCCUGGCUCCCAAGCCCUCUGCCCGUCCCUCACUGGAGGAGAUUCUGCUGGACCCCUGGAUGCAGACACCAGCCAAGGAUACUGCAACCCUCACCACCCCCAAAGGAGAUCCCAACCCCGUGGCAUGGUCCCUGCUGCCCUAG